AGGGAAGAAAGAAGAAAGAAGACGUCGGUGAAAAGAGCAGUAUAAAAGAGAGGGCAGUUAAAAGUAUCGGAAAUCUCUCGCACUUGAAAACUCAAAAACGAGUUGUUUUCUGUUUUUCACCUCCCACUGUUUUUCACCUCCUAAAACUUCCGACUUUUUGACCAUAUUCCUCUUCCCAGUAACUCUCUCUUUUUUAAUUUGGCUUAUCUUUCUUUCUCUUUCUCUUUCUCUUUCUAUUUAUUUUAAAAAAUAAAGCUUUUUUCAUCUUCUACGACUAGCCAUUAAAAGAAACCCUAAUUCUCUUUCUCUCUGCAAACUCUUUGGAGUUCACAGAGAUAAAAAGAAGGUAAACAAAAAAAAAAAAAAAGGAGGGCAAUAGGUGGAAUCAAGUGUGGGAUAUGUCCUUCAAUCAAUCUAGGUCGGAUAAAAGCGAGCAACAAUACCGAAAAUCCGGGCGAUCAGCCAGUUUUAAUCAACAGCGGUCCUCCUCAGGCGUUUACAGUAAGGGCGCUGGCGGCGGCCCUGCCCCCUCGCGGUCUCCUUCAUCUUCUUCUUCUUCUUUAUCUUCCAAUCGAAGUCUUAAGAAGUCUAACAAUGCACAAGGAGGGCAAUACCGGUUAAAUUCACUGGCCGCGAACUCUACCGAGUCUAGUAAUACUUCUGCUGGCCGCACCAAACAAAAUGGCGCUCAUUUACAACCCCAGCUACAGGGAGCAUCAGAUGCAUCGAUUGCAAGCAAUGCUGCCCAGCCUGUUCAAUCACCCAUCAUCCAGAAUAGCACUCGAGCUGUUUCAAAAGCUCCAACUUCUCAACCACCCACCAUAAUUUCCGACAGUGGUCUCCCUACAACCGCUGGAAAGGAAGAUCCAUCCAAAGCAUUCUCUUUACAGUUUGGGUCCAUAACUCCUGGUUUCAUGAAUGGAAUGCAGAUUCCAGCUAGAACUAGCUCAGCACCCCCAAAUUUGGAUGAACAGAAACGUAAUCAGGCACGCCAUGAUUCUUCUUUUAAAUCUGUUCCGAAUUUGCCGACUCCCAUUCCUAAACAGCAGCUACCAAGAAAGGAUUCAGUUGCAACUGAGCAAUCUAGUUCUGGGGAGGCUCAUCCAGUGCCCAAGAUAAAAAAAGAUGCACAACCCUCUGCUGUACCCCCUGUGAACCAGACACAGAAGCCGUCUCCUCUUAAUAUACCCAUGACAUCUAUGCAGAUGCCAUUUCAUCACCAGCCUCAGGUUUCCAUUCAAUAUGGCGGGCCUAAUCCACAAAUUCAGUCUCAAAGUGUUACUGCUAGUUCAAUGCAAAUGCCAAUCCAUAUCCCCUUAGCUAUGGGAAAUGGACCUCAGGUGCAGCAGCAAGUCUUUGUUGCAGGUCUUCAGGCUCUUCCAUUGCCACCUCAAGGGAUGAUGCAUCAGGGUGGGGGCUUAAGUUUCACGCCACCCAUAGGUGGCCAGCUUACGCCACAAUUGGGCAACUUGGGGAUGGGCAUUGCCCCUCAGUAUUCUCAACAGCAAGGUGGAAAGUUUGGUGUUACACGUAAAACCACUCCUGUCAAGAUUACUCACCCUGAUACUCAUGAAGAAUUAAGGCUUGAUAAACGAACAGAUAUACGUGCAGAUGGUGGUUCAUCAGUUCCAAGGUCUCAUCCUAACAUGCCUUCUCAAUCCCAGCCAAUUCCUUCCUUUGCACCAUCUCAUUCAAUCAAUUACUAUUCCAAUUCCUAUAAUACCAAUUCCGUAUAUUAUCCGCCACCAAGUUCACUGCCAUUGGCUAGUAGCCAGAUAGCACCCAAUGCCCAAGGACCGAGAUUUAACUAUCCUGUUAGCCAGGGUCAUCAAAACAUUUCUUUCAUGAAUUCAGCGGCUGCCCCUGGUUCAUUGGCAGUUAAUAAAUCUGUUAAUCAUGCUCAUGGCACUUCAGAAUCAGUGAAUGUGGAUACUGUACGUGAUGCACAAAAUGUUAUAUCCUUUGCUACCUCAGGUUCAACACAGGUGACAGUUAAGCCAGCUACUGUUUCUGCUGGGGAGAAGUUUGAAGAUUCCUCUUUUUCAAGUAUCUUGCCUUCUACUGAAAAGGCUGGGUCGCUAAAACACUCUAUGCCAGCUUGUGAGGUUAGUUUGUCUCAGGCUCAAAGGGAUUUGGAUACUUUCCCGGAAAGCUCUGUACAACAGCCAAAACUUGGUAAUGAAUCCUUAACAUCCGAGUCAUUACCAGCUGCAGCUAAACAAUCUGGUGGAGUUCCAGCGACUAACUUGGAUGAGAGCCAGCCAUCUAGUUGUGUAUCUUCUGCUUCAGAUUCCACAUCCAAGGAGUCUACGCCAGUUUUUGCCAGUAAUGAAGGCAAGAAGAGGGAGGGAUUGAGUAGGUCAAACUCUAUAAAAAAUUAUCAGAAGAAACCAGUACAAGAAGGACAAAUUCAGCCACCAGUUCAGUCUACAUCAACAUCCUACUUGGGUACCAACCCUGCAGAAUAUGGUGUUUCCUCAGAAAGUGCCGUCACUGAAGCUCUAGAGGCUAAAAAGGCUUUAACAUCAUUAGCAGCUGCUGAUGUUUUGUCACAAUCUACCAGGGAAUUUCCAACCAUUAAUGAGGCUUUGCCUUCGUCCUUAGACCCGAAGACAGAGAGCAAAAUAGAAGGCUUAAACUCUGUUUCUUCUGAAGUUUCUGGUACUGGCAGUAAACUUGAUAGCUUUGACCUUGUCAAGCAUGCUAAGUUUGAUGGUUCUUCCAAGCUGGAUGAACUACCAAGGUCUGAAAUUAGUGGAAUUAGUGAUGAAGAGGAAAAACAUUUACCUGAAGAGCACUUAAAAGACAGCGUUAGCCUUGAGAUUUCUUCUCAACCGGUUCCCUUGAAAUCUACGGAGCUUAAAUCUGAUCAGGACUCUGCUUCAAAGGUAGUAGCUACCGACAAUGUUGUUCAUACCCAAGGAACUGAGCACAGGGUACUAAAUGAAGAUUUGAGUGGCAAGGUAGAAAAUGUGGAAGUCAGUGAUAGUAAGGAUAUCUCGACCUCUAGAAUUGCUGACUCUACUGAUAUCGAAGGUAGUCAUGUUACUAAAUCUGGCAUAUUGGACCAGCAGUCUGCAUCUGUCCCAUCUCCUGAUCUCUUAGAGUCAAGUUCAAAUUAUGAAGGGGAAGGUGUUCUGUUACCUAGUUCAAAGGACAAACCAGGGUCACAACUUAGUAGGACAAAGAGUACUAUAACUAGUGGGAAGAAAAAAAGAAGAGAAAUUCUUCAGAAAGCAGAUGCUGCCGGGACAACUUCCGAUCUCUAUAUGGCGUAUAAAGGUCCCGAGGAAAAGAAAGAGACUGUCGCACCUUCAGCAAGUGCGGAAACCAGUUCUGUUGGUGUGAAUUUGAAGCAGACAUCUCAUGAGGCCCUUCAGGUGGAUUCCAUAGAAAGAGAGAAAAUUACACAGAGUAAAGCUGAACUCGAUGAUUGGGAAGAUGCUGCUGACAUAUCUACACCAAACUUAGAAACUUCAGACACUGACGAAAAGGCUCAUGGAGGUCUACCAAGUCAUGAGGAAGAUGGAAGUGGGAAUAUAACGAAGAAGUAUUCCCGAGAUUUCCUUCUUAAGUUUGCUGGACAAUAUACUGAUCUUCCACAGGGAUUUGAUAUUGCUUCUGAUAUUGCAGCGGCCUUGAUGGCUGCAAAUGUCAAUGCAUCUCAUGCUGUUGAUCAUGAUUCAUACGCUAAUCCUGGAAGAAAAUUAGAUAGGCAAUCCAGUGGAUCUCGAUUCGAUCGCCGUGCUAGUGGAAUUGUUGAUGAUGACAGAUGGAUUAGACCACCUGGUUCUUUUGGCCCUGGAAGGGAUCUGCGACUUGAUCUUGGUUAUGGUGCUGUUGCAGGUUUUCGGCCUGUCCAAGGAGGUAACUUUGGUGUUCUAAGGCACCCAUGGGCGCAAACACCUCUCCCAUAUCUCGGAGGGGUCCCUGGUGGACCAAUGCCGCAUAUGAGUCCACAUGGAGGGAUGCAACACAGUGGUCCUGAUGCUGACAGGUGGCAUCGUGGUGUUAUGUAUCAGCAGAAGGGUUUAAUUCCCUCUCCACAGACUCUAUUGCAGACAAUGCACAGAGCUGAAAGGAAGUAUCAAGUGGGUAAAGUGACUGAUGAGGAAGAAGCCAAGCAAAGGCAGCUGAAGGCCAUUUUGAACAAGCUAACUCCUCAAAAUUUUGAGAAACUCUUUGAGCAAGUAAAAGCUGUUAACAUUGACAAUGCAGUUACACUCACUGGUGUCAUCUCACAGAUCUUUGACAAAGCUUUGAUGGAGCCUACUUUUUGUGAAAUGUAUGCAAACUUCUGCCAGUGUCUGGCUGGGGAGUUGCCUGAUUUUAUCGAAAACAAUGAAAAGAUAACUUUCAAGAGAUUGCUGCUGAACAAGUGCCAGGAGGAAUUUGAGAGGGGAGAGAGAGAGCAAGAAGAAGCAAAUAAAAUAGAGGAAGAGGGUGAGGCUAAGCUGUCUGAGGAGGAAAGAGAGGAGAAGAGAAUCAAGGCUCGAAGACGAAUGUUAGGUAACAUUAGACUUAUUGGGGAGUUGUACAAGAAGAAAAUGUUAACUGAGAGAAUAAUGCAUGAAUGCAUCAAGAAACUACUUGGUGAAUAUGAGAAUCCUGAUGAGGAAGAUGUUGAGGCAUUGUGCAAAUUAAUGAGUACGAUUGGAGAAAUGAUUGACCAUCCUAAGGCAAAAGUGCAUAUGGAUGCUUAUUUUGAGAGGAUGGCGAAGUUGUCGAACAAUAUGAAAUUGUCUUCUAGGAUCAGGUUCAUGUUGAAGGAUGCUAUUGAUCUGAGAAAGAAUAAAUGGCAGCAGAGGAGGAAAGUUGAAGGGCCUAAAAAGAUUGAGGAAGUGCACAGAGAUGCUGCUCAAGAGCGACAAGCACAAUCCGGUAGGCUUGCUCGUGGUCCUGGCUUCAAUGCUACUGCAAGAAGAGCACCCAUGGAUUUUAGUCCACGAGGGUCAAUGUUAUCUUCUCCAGGUUUUCAAAUGGGUAGUUUCCGGGGGCUGCAGGGUCAACCCCAUGGUUUUGGGGCUCAGGAUGUUCGCAUGGAUGACAGACAGUCUUUGGAGUCUAGGACUCUAUCGGUUCCCUUGCCUCAAAGACCAACUUGUGACGAUUCUAUUACUUUGGGCCCCCAGGGUGGCCUUGGUAGAGGGAUGUCUUUUAGAGGACCACCUGCAAUGUCCAGUACUCCCUUAGCUAAUAUUUCUCCAAUUUCUGGAGAUUCAAGAAGAACUGCUGGAUCAAAUGGUUUUAGUUCUGGAUCAGAGCGAAUGACUUAUGGUCCUAGAGAGGAUCUCAUGCCAAGAUUUGGAACUGAUAGGUUUGCACUAACAGCUGCUUAUGAGCAUCCGAGUUCCCAGGAACGGGGCAUGAAUUUUGGUAAUAGGGACUCGAGGACCCCGGAUCGCAGCUUUGUUAGACCUCUUGCAGCUUCACCUUCCACACAAGCCCAAUCAUCUGGUUUCAGUCAAAAUAUUCCUCCUGAAAAGGGCUGGUCUGAGGAGCGCCUGCGUAACAUGUCCAUGGAGGCAAUUAAAGAAUUUUACAGCGCUAGAGAUGAGAAAGAAGUUGUUUUGUGCAUCAAAGAUUUGAAUUCUACAAGCUUCCAUCCAACAAUGAUUGCACUAUGGGUAACGGACUGUUUUGAGAGAAAAGACAUGGAACGUGAUCUUUUGGCAAAGCUACUUGUCAACCUGACAAGGUCCCAUGAUGGUGUAUUGAGCCAGGCUGAACUUGUUAAAGGGUUUGAUUCUGUCCUGAGUACAUUGGAGGAUGCUGUGAACGAUGCGCCAAAAGCUCCAGAAUUUCUGGGACGUAUUUUUGGGAAAAUGGUAGUGGAAAAUGUGAUAAGUAUGAAGGAGAUAGGGCGGUUAAUACUGGAGGGUGGGGAGGAAGCAGGGCAGAUAGUGGAAAUAGGGCUGGGCGGGGAUGUAAUGGGAAGCACCUUGGGGAUGAUUAAAACGGAGAAAGGAGAAAGUGUGUUGAAUGAAAUUAGAGGUAGCUCCUGUUUGCGGCUGGAGGACUUUCGGCCUUCGCAUCCUAACAGAUCAAGGAUUUUAGAAACUUUUUUUUAAUUUAGAACAUAGCGAGUGCAGUGAAUAGUGAUGCUCCCUUUGGUUUUGUUAUAAGAAAAUUCAUGUCUGGCCUAGCCUAGCCUAGCCUAGCCUUGGGUUCUUGUCAAGUUCCAAGCUUCUUUGCUAUGUUUGAACAUUAUUAUUAUCUUGCAAAUAUUCACUUCACAAAAAUUAUGAAAA